AUGUUGGUUAAAAAUAAUAUUUCGGAUGAAACAUCAGAUGAAAAGUAUUUAAAUUCAAUGAGGAAUGUGCUUGAACUAGUACUAUCAAAUAAUUCAAUCAAAACAAUUUCUGCCAGUUUCAAGAAGGUGUGGUAUCAAUUACUUUUAAAAUCGACUAGUGACCAUGAAGUUUGUGGACUCUACAAAAUUUUGUGUUGGAUUUUAACGUACACAAAAUCAAAUCAACAACUUGCUGAAUUCCACAAAUCUUUGAUUGCUGACUUUCACCCAGAUUUUUAUAAUACCACCUCUCGAUAUGUUAAACAAAUAGGUUCUGAUAGGUGGAGGAGCUUUAAUGAUGACCAAUAUGAAGUAAUACUCAUGUUGGAUGGUAAAGUACCAAGUCAAACCUCCAAUGUAAAAUUGAAACAAACACCAAUUAAAAGUGAGUCAAAUAAGGCAAAGGAGGAACCCCCAAAAUCUCAACAGGAUCCAUCUAAGGUAAAGAAUGAAAAAGUGUCAUCAAAUUACACAAAUGACACACCUCAACCAUCUCACACAAAUAGAAUGCCAAGCCUCAAAGCAGCACUUGCUCAAAGUUCAACUGUAAAACCAGAAAAAACAGCAGCUCCCUCUAAAUCUCAACCAUCUAAAGUGGAAAAUUUAAAACAAGAAAAGAUGAUACCUCCAAAAACAAGUAUUCCACAAGUUAAACCUGAAAAAACAGUUCAAAAAGAAAGUAUUCCACAAGUCAAACCUGAAAAAGUAGCACAAUCUAAACAAGUUUCUAAACCAAACAAUAUAGAAACUAAUACUUCAAAAAUCCCACUCAAGUCUGAACGGCUUAAUAAUUCUACAAUGUCUUCACCAUCAAAACCUAAAAUCAAACCUGCAACUCCAAGGAAAGUAUUGACCACCCCUCCAAUUCAAAACACUCAACCAAUACCCACCAAUAGAACUCCUGUUAAGCAAACUUCAGUGACAAAGCCUCGAAUGAUGUCGGCCUUUUCACAAGAUGAAGAAUCUCCAACUACCAAAAAGCGAGAAAGAAAAUGGAGAAAGGAACACAAUGAAAAAUUAAUGGAUUACCUUUCUAACCGUCCUCAUUUGGCCAAUAAUUCCUUCUUUGAAAGUGACAAAUUAAUGCAACAGUUCAUAGAAUCGUAUGACUUUGCUGUUCCUUUAUCAAUACCAACCUUAGCAAAGAGAAAAUACAAAUACGAUCAAUUCUUCAACGCUAUCAUGCAAGCUACUCAAACAGUUAUCAAAGCUGAAAAGGCAAACACUAACAAGAGAAAAGAUCCACCUUCAAGCUCCUCCACUGCAAAAAGACACAAAAUGUAG